GCAUUGGUUACCAGGAACCGGCAGUAACUGAUAGAGAUUAUCGGACGGCCCCCACACUAGAAAUAGCGGUAGCAACAGCUUGUCAGCUCCAAAUCGAGGAAUGACGGCCUAUUAUUACUAUUGAAUCCCCCCAUCCUCUAUCUUUCCUCUCUGCUGUUUAUAUUUUUUACAAUACACAAAUCUCGUAGGUAGAUGAUUGCCUCGAGUAACUACUAACCACAACAGUCAUGUUUUUCUCUCCAAUAGCUGGGUUGACCAGCUUCCUCACCCUGGGCCUGCUCAAGCCUCUGGGUGGUGGGUUAGCCGGCUUGCUGAAUCUUGGGCCAGCGACACCAAGCGCCGACGUCUUCUACGAUGUCCCGAGCAACAUUGCAGACUACGCUCAAGGCGACGUUAUCCGCUACCGAAAACCACCCAGCGCCAUCGCCAGCUUUGGAUUACCGCUGGACCUCGCCUCGUCAUACCAGAUCCUCUACCGAACUACCAAUGGCUUCGGCGUGCCUACAGCUACCGUUGUCACAGUCAUGGUGCCUCCAAACGCCGACUUCAAGUCCAUAAUGUCGUUUCAACUGGCCGAAGAUGCCACUAAUAUCAACUGCGCGCCAUCGUAUAGUAUCCAGAUGGGCUCAGGGACCAACUCCAAGUUUGAAUCCGGCACAGCCCAACUGGAGCUUCUCAUUAUGAUUGGCGCUCUCCAAGAGGGCUGGAUCGUCAUCACACCGGACUUUGAGGGGCCUGAUGCCAGUUACAUUGACACUACUCUUGCGUCGCGCGCUGUUCUCGACGGCAUCACCGCCACACUAGCCUCUGGUCGCUUUACACAGAUUCAACCCGACUCUAUUGUCACCAUGUACGGCUACUCUGGCGGCGCAAGCGUCACCAAGGAUGCGGCGGCCAUUCAGCCCACGUAUGCAAAGAAUAUCAAGCUAUCUGGUACUGUUACGGGCGGUCUUCCCACAUCGACAAUCACAAAGGCCAUGUUUUACAAACUCAACCAGAGCAAUGACUCGGGUUUGAUCCCACUGCUACUCAUUGGUGUGGUCAAGGCCGUGCCGCAGUUCAAACCCCUAAUCGACAAGCACCUCAAGCCGCAGUACAAGAGCCUCUUCUACAAGCAACUAGGACAGUGUCUCGAUUCCAACCUCGAGACGUUUCGCGGCCUCGACGUUAUUGGCUUCUUUGACUGUUGGGACUGUGUCAUCGACCCUGUUGUCGCGGUUGCUGGUGCAGCCAAGGACACGGGCAACCCAGCCGGGCCUCAGUAUAUUUACCAGUCUGUAGCGGAUCAGCUUGUUAACAUUGCGCAGAUUGACAACAAAGUCGUGCAGUACUGCAACGACGGCGUCAACGUCUUCUACCAGCGCAACGACAACCCGCACGUCAACCACGUCCACGAGGCGUUUCUCGGUGCAGAGGGCGCACUGGACUGGCUCAAUGGUAUUCGCAACGGCACGUUCCCAACAAAAGAAUGCGUCGUCCAGCAUGUCCAAACAAGCCAGUUUUCCAACAAGUUCCUCUCCAGAUUCCCCAACUUCAUCUCCACCAGCCUCUUCAAGCUCAUGGAGGGCCGAUAAAGGCGGUGGCGUGUAGAGUGGAGGCGGUGGCAGGAGGGUAGGCCCGAUUCAUGUAUAUAGACGAUGGGUCUCUUGUUUUUCUUUGUUUUUUCUAGAAGUACAAAGCUUUUAUGAGGUUUACUUUACACAUACAGUGGAGGGAACUGUUUUGACGCAGGGUGGUGUUGGUAUGCACAUGGAUUUCUACAUCUGUUAUCAGCUACAGUUACAUAAUUCAACUUUUUAUUAUUCUUUUUUUCCAAUGGGCACAUCUUGCUUCUUUUCU